AUGAAAUUGGAAGCUCAAAUAGACAUACCCGAAAUAUGUCCAGGAAAUUAUAACAGGAACAAAAUAUGCAAUAAAAAGGUAAUAGAAACAAUAAAAGAAGAAAAGGAAUUCGGAAACGAGAAGGAUGGAUGUAAAAAGAAUCUGACACAAAAGGAAGAGGAUAAAGUAGAUGGAGGAAGCGUACAAAUUGAAGAGAAGAAACCACAAGAGAUAACGAAAGAAGACGAAGGGGAGAGUGAAGGAGGUGCUGGUGGUGGAGUGAUCGGUGGAGGUGUGGAAGGUGAAGUCACCGAGUCACAUGGGAGCAUUGGCGGCAUCACGGAGGGAUACGUGCUAAUGACGGAGUCGGGUGAGGAGGAAGGCGAAGAGGAAGGUGAAGGGGAAGAUGAAGACGAGGACGGAGAUGAAGACGAAGAGGAGAGUGAAGGAGGUGCUGGUGGUGGUUUGGUUGGUGGUCAUAUGGGAAGCCAAAGUUCAAAUUUUUCCAAUAAUUCCUGUUCUUCAAGCAACAUUAGCGUUAAUACUAAUGACGCUAAUCACGGCCACGUCGAUUAUGAUGAUGAGCUUGUCGAUGAUGAUAAUGACGGUGCUGACGACGUUGAUGAGAAUAUCUCCUUUGAUGAUCAUGGUGACAAUAUUGACUUUGAUGUCGAUGAUAAUGACGACGACGGUAACGACAAUGCCGAUAAUGGCGACGACGAUGGAGGUCAUUUCAAACCUGGAUGGAUUGCUGGAAAUAAUGAAUGGGUGGGCCACGGCUCUCUUGGUGACAAUGUCGACGACAAUGACGAAGAUGAUGAUGACGAUGGGCCAUUUAAACCUGGCAGGGUUCCUGGUGGUGGUCAUGGCAAGGGACAUGGCCAUAAUAAUAAAUGGAUCUCCCACUGGUCUAGCGAUGACGGCGAUGAUGAUGACGAUAAUGGUGAUGUUGGCCGAUUUAAACCCGGUCGAAUUCCUGGCAGUGGUAGUGGCAAGGGGCAUGGCCAUAAUAAUAAAUGGAACGUCCACUGGUCCGCUGGUGUUGAUGAUGAUGAUGAUUAA